AUGGCUAUUGCAUGGUAUCCACUAUACAAGAUUCCGGCUGGGCCAAGUGUUCGUGAUCUUGGGGCAUCAUUCUUGACAUUUCACAGUCUCUCUUCACCAGGCCCAUCUUUAUCGGUGUUUCCCUUAGUGCAUCCCCGCAAUGCACGACGAAACCCACGCUUCUCGUCUAGGCGCCAAUCCGCGCGGGUCGUGCGCGCGAGGGCGAGCGGGGCGCUUCCAGCCGACGUGGACGCGAUCAUAGCGAGGGGGCGGGAGGCGGGCGCGUUUGUGGAACACAGCGCGUGCGUGGUGCCCGGCGCGACUGACGGGCCGUUGCGCGGGCUGACGUUCGCCGUCAAGGACAUGUACGACGUGCGUGGGGGGGCGAGGGGAAGGUGGGGGGCGGUGGUGGCGGGCGUGCCAACGGGCUUCGGCAACCCCACGUGGCUCGCCACGCAUGACGUCCCCCAGGCCACCGCCCCCGUCGUGCAGGCGCUGCUAGAAGCGGGCGCCAGCGUGGUGGGCAAGGCGGCAAUGGACGAGCUGGCAUUCUCGCUGGCGGGGGAGAACGCGCACUACGGCACGCCCCUCAACCCAAAAGCCCCUCUCCGCAUCCCGGGCGGCUCCUCCUCGGGUUCCGCUGCUGCGGUGGGUGGCUUUGCUUGUCCUCAGUACCUGCCCUCUGCUCCCGUGCCUCUUGUGUUUCCACUGUCUCUGCCGUCCCUCCUUGUUCUGACACGCUCUUCACCUUCCUGCACCGCUCCCCACCCAUUGGCUGUGGCAGCGGGGCUGGUGGACUUCGCCCUGGGCAGCGACACAGCGGGGUCGGUGCGCAUACCCGCCAACCACUGCGGCGUGUGGGGCAUCCGCACCUCCCAUGCCCGCCUGCCGCUCACCGGCGCUCAGCCCCUGCAGCCAUCCAUGGACACCGUGGGCUGGUUUGCGCGCGAUGCCUCUGUCCUUCAACGAGUCGGCUCCACACUCUUCCACUCCCCCUCCCUUGCCCCCUCCCCCUCCUCCACUUCCUCUUCCCCAUCAUCCUCCUCCUCCUCCUCCCCCUCCUCCCUCCGCCCCUUCACCGGCUGGCUGGUGGCGGAGGACGCGUUUGAGCUAGCAGACAAAGACGCCGCCCGCGCAAUCUACGACAAGAUCUCGCCACAUAUAGACGAGAUCGCAGCAUUGCUGGGCGGGCGGCCGGAGGAGAUGCGGGUGGCGGGGGAGGAGGGCAGCGAGGUGGGAGGCGUGCACGAGUGGGUGGACGCCAUGAGGGUGCUGCAGCUGAUGGAGGCGUGGCAGUGCCACGGGCAGUGGAUCACAGCGCACCGCCCCGCCUUUGGUCCCGGAGUGGCGCAGCGCUUCCAGGCUGCCAGCGCUGUGGACCCGCAGGGGGAGGCAGUGGCACACGCACGGGAGAAGAGAGCCAGGUUCACAUCGCACAUGGAGAGCCUCGUUGCGGGCGGCAAACUGCUCAUGCUGCCGGCCGCCCCCAGCAUAGCGCCUCUGAAGGCCGCCCCGCCUGCUGACGUGGACUCCUUCCGCGUGCGCACCCUGGCCCUCACCGUCAUUGGCGGCGCUGCCGGCCUGCCUCAGGUGAAAACAACAGAGGGGCUCAGGUGGGAAAAGCAGAGAAGGAGAAGACGCAUGCAGGUGAAGGAGAGGCUACCAGGAUUCAGCCUCUCAGACUGA